GACUACCGCCAUAACCGGCGAGAGCAAUUUUGAAAUGUACGACGCGAUGAAAUCCGCAUCUGCUAGUAACGCUCCGGCGGAGAUGAGCGUUAGCCCAGCCGCAGUGGAGAGUCGCAUCGGCUCCGGCGAACACGAGAUGCAGUUUCUCAGCGAAUCCAUUCUACCCUUGCCUUCUUACGCCGUUAAGGAUCUUCUGUUCGUCGGGCUUAAUAUAUUGCAAUUCAAGUGGCGCGAUGAUAAGGAAACAUUAGUGAAAAAGGAGAGCGCCAAUGAUAUGACUGAAUUGAUUGCUGAGAUAGUGAAGCAAGAAGGCCAUCAGAUCGAUAGCUUUUCUCUGGAAGUAUCUGUACCGCAAGGAAUACUGGAGAACGAAUCCGCGAUUUUGUCAGAUAUGAAAAGGAAAUAUGGAUCUGAACUCUGGUUUCGGGAAAAGCCACUUUCAGAACCUAUUUCCGUUAAGGAUGCCCUAAAAUUUGCUAUAGUGAAGCCACUGGAAUCAUUAUUGGGCAUUACAUCUAGUAUAGAUUCUUUCUGAAUCUGUCUGACAUACACACCCGCAAAGGCAUCAAAAAUGGUUCAGAAUUCUAGAGGUAGGAUCAAGGAUUGCAAAAGGCAGAAAACAGACACCAACAAUGGGUUGCACUCUGUUAACAAUGAGUGAGUAGUUGCUGGUGCUGAAUGUUCAGAUCAAUCCAAUAUUGAGACAAAUGCUGCUGCUGUGAGGCCUUCUAAUGGUUUGCAAGCUCGUGAUGCUUCUGAGUGCCUUGGAUUCUCCAUAGAGAUGGUUGUCUUUUCUUUUUCACCUUUUUCUUCCCAGUAUAUGUUCUUUUU